CAUACUGCAACUGCAUCUGCAGCGCAAUGCAUCCAGUCAUCACACUCCUCUUUGUUUCGACUGCUGCAGCAGCCCAGUUGACCGGAAACGAGAAGAUACCCAUUAUCUCCCAAGAUCAAGAAGUUAAUUUCGAUGGGUCUUACCGCCUGUCUUACGAAACCGGUAAUGGUAUAGCCGCUCAAGAACAAGGCGUCUUGAAAAAUGCGGGGAAUCCUGAUGCUGAAGUCGAAGAAGUUCAAGGUUCUUUCCAGUAUACCGCGCCAGAUGGCUCUCCGGUAGCGCUGCAGUAUGUGGCCAAUGAGAAUGGGUUUCAGCCACAGGGGUCACAUUUGCCUGUGGCGCCAACGCCGCCACCAAUUCCGCCCGCGAUUCAGAAGGCUUUAGAGUGGAUUGCUGCUCAUCCAGAGCCGCCAGAGAGCUCGAGGAGGUUCUAAGUUUUAAGUUUAGGUGAUGUUCUGUAAUUUUUGUUUUUAUUGCUGUUGUUGCCUGCGAUAUGACAUGUAAUAUAGUGCCAUUAUAAAUAAAUAUAAUCUGCAUGUACGAAAA